AUGUCUUCUGUCAAAGUAGCAGUACGUGUUCGGCCCUUCAAUCAAAGGGAGAUGGCAAAUGGAUCCAAGUGUGUCAUUGAAAUGUGUGGCACCCAAACGAUCAUCAAAGGGAACACGCCGGAUAAGUUUCAUAACUUCAACUUCGAUCAUUCGUACUGGUCGAGUGAGAAGAAUGAUUCGCAUUUCGCUGGUCAGAAGCAAGUUUAUGAAGAUUUGGGGGUGGAGAUGCUGGAGCAUUCAUUCGAAGGAUACAAUGUAUGUAUUUUUGCUUAUGGACAAACCGGAUCUGGAAAAUCUUAUACCAUGAUGGGGAAAGUGAACGAUGAGCAAGAUUGUGGAAUUAUUCCUAGAUUGUGCCAUGAUCUGUUUUCGAGAAUUGAAAACAAUCAAGAUCCAAACACUCAAUACUCCGUAGAAGUCUCAUAUAUGGAAAUUUAUUGUGAACGAGUGAAGGAUCUUCUCAAUCCUGCCAAAGAGAAUGCCCAAGGUCUAAGAGUUCGAGAACAUCCAGUGCUGGGACCGUAUGUUGAAGAUUUGACUAAGUUAGCUGUUAGUUCGUACAACGAUAUAUUCAAUUUAAUGGAAGAAGGAAACAAAGCGAGAACUGUAGCUGCAACCAAUAUGAAUUCAACGUCUUCAAGAUCUCAUGCUGUCUUCACAAUAGUUCUCACUCAGAGAAAAUCAAGUCCGGACAGUGACCAACAAACAGAAAGAGUUUCCAAAAUAUCUCUUGUCGAUCUCGCAGGUAGUGAGAGAGCUAAUUCAACGGGAGCUGAAGGCCAACGGUUAAAAGAAGGUGCUAACAUCAACAAGAGUCUAACAACACUUGGAUUGGUCAUCAGUAAACUAGCUGAAGAGGCAUUCAGAAAGGGUGUGAAGAAACCUAUCAAUAAAGGAGGUAGAAUACCUUAUCGAGAUUCUGUUCUGACGUGGCUUCUACGUGAGAAUCUUGGAGGUAAUUCCAAAACUGCCAUGAUAGCAGCUCUUUCUCCAGCUGACAUCAAUUUCGAUGAAACGCUUAGUACUUUAAGAUAUGCUGAUAGAGCCAAGCAGAUUGUCUGCCAAGCCAUCAUCAAUGAAGAUCCGAACCAGAAGACCAUACGUGUUCUUAAAGAGGAAGUGGCGAUGCUCAGAGGAAUUCUGGAAGAUAAGGGAAUUAACUGUGACGAGAUGGUGACUUCUGCUGGUAAACCGAAGCAAGUAUAUUCUGCUAAAGAUAAUGAGACCUUGGAUAAACUGAAGGCUUAUGAGAAACUGAUGGCCGAUAUGGAUAGACCAUGGGAAGAGAGAUUGCGACAAACCGAAGAAAUCCGCAGGCGGUUCGAGGAGGAACUGAGAGAAAUGGGCUUAGCAACGGCAGAGGAUGGAACCACCCUUGGGGUAUUCAGUCCGAAGAAGUUGCCUCAUCUUGUCAAUCUCAACGAAGAUCCCUUGAUGUCGGAAUGUCUACUCUACUAUUUGAAAGAAGGAGUCACCAAAGUUGGAAAUCCAGAAACUGACCGUAGACCUGAUAUCUUAUUGUCUGGAGAAGCCAUUCUCACACACCAUUGUGACUUCAUCAACGAAGAUGGGUGUGUGAACCUUGUACCCAAAAAAAACGCCGCAUGCUAUGUGAAUGGACGACCUAUCACCGAGGCGACUGUACUUCAUACAGGAUCUCGAGUCAUUCUGGGGAAGCAUCACGUCUUCCGAUACAAUGAUCCUCAAGAAGCAAGACAAAGUCGAUAUAACCUCUCUUCUCUUGCUGAUGCUCCAUUGGAUUGGAAGUAUGCUCAGCAAGAACUUCUGGAGAAGCAAGGUAUCGAUCUGAAGCAAGAAAUGGAGAAGAAGUUAGUUGAAAUGGAAAGUACUUACCGAAGAGAAAAGGAAGAACUUGAAUUGAGAAUGCUACGCCAAACUAAAGAGUACGAAACUCGUAUUGAAUCUCUACAAAGGCAGGUAGACUUAGCUCAAUCUAUGAUAUCCUCUUGUGGUUCUAAUUGGGAAGGAGAAAGGUUCUUAACAAGCAGCUUAAUGGAAUUCGCCGAAGAAUGCCCAAAAUGGUCAACGGAUCAAGAAAGAAUAGUACGAAAAGCUGCUAUCAAGUGGCGGUAUCAUCAAUUCACUUCGGUUCGAGACGAUUUAUGGGGAAAUGCCAUAUUUGUGAAGGAAGCUAAUGCCAUAUCUGUUGAAUUGAAGAAGAAAGUACAGUUCCAGUUCGUGCUGCUCACAGACACCAUGUAUAGUCCGUUGCCUCCCGAUUUGCUGCCUCCCGGAGAAGAUCUUACUUUGCGUCCAUAUCCGAAGACAGUAGUUGCUAUCCAAGUUCAAGAUCUGAAGAAUGGAGCUACUCACUACUGGAGUAUAGAAAAGUUGAAGCAGCGCUUAGAAGAUAUGCGUAGUGCAUACAAUGCGGAACUAUCUGUGGUUGGCACACCAGCGGAAGCUCCAUACACAACAGUGGCCGAAGGGUGGUUGGCUGCUCUGCAACUUAAUCCAGCUCGGCUUAUUCCUGACAGACAAAGGCUUGAAUCGAUGAGAGAUAUGUAUGAAGCAGAUGCUCAGCUAUCACCUAUCGAUGAUCCAAUGAUGGAUGCCCUAAUGGGUACGGAUCCAUUCUAUGAUAGGUUCCCAUGGUUCAGGAUGAUCGGAAGAGCUUUUGUGUACUUAUCAAACCUGCUACAUAAUGUGCCUCUCAUCCAUAAAGUCGCCGUUGUCAAUGAAAAAGGAGAAGUCAAGGGAUACCUCAAAGUUUCUAUCGAACCUAUUCAGAAAGGCGAAAUAGAUACACAGAAGAAGGGUACACGUCAAACCGCCAAACUUCACUUCCGGAAAGAGGAUUUCAUCAGAGCUACGAGAGGAGACGGUACAGAAGAUAACGAAAGUUUAAAAUUCCCAACACACAUGAAGGAAGAGGACGAGUUCUGUUUCCGUGUCGUUGUGCUACAGGCAAUAGAUGUGUCUUCAGAAUAUUCAGAUGUGUUCUGCCAGUUCAAUUUCCUUCAUCGACAUGAUGAAGCUUUUUCAACUGAGCCCAUGAAGAAUAUGACUAAGCAACAGCUGAGCUUCAAUCACACACAGAACUUACAUAUCAAGAUGAGCAAGACAUUUUUGCAUUAUAUUCAUCAUUUCCCUAUCAUUUUCGAGGUGUUCGGUCAUUUCCAAACUAAACCGGAAGGAUUUACAUUCGAGCGACAGAACAGUGCUUUAGGAAGAAGACUCUCCACGAAGUUGACAUUCCAACAACCUUCUCUAGUUAUUUCUACACCAGUGAAAAGCAAGAAAGCAAAUGCUCCUAUCCUGAACAAUUCUGCACAAGUGCGAUCUAAGGUUGAUGUGCUGGUAUGGUUCGAGAUCUGUGAGCUAGGGAAUAAUGGUGACUACAUACCAACGAUUGUGGAUCAUGCUCAAGGCCUACCAACACAUGGUAUUUUCCUACUUCAUCAAGGAAUUCAAAGAAGAAUAAAGAUCACUAUAUGCCAUGAAAAGGGUGAGAUCAAGUGGAAGGAUUGUCAAGAGCUAGUUGUUGGGCGUAUCCGUCCAGGUCCAGAAUGGAACGGAGCUGAAGAUGUUGAUGUCCUAUCUUUGGGACUGUUCCCCGGAACCUAUUUGGAGUUCACCCAUGACGACCGUACUUUCUUCCAAUUUGAAGCAGCAUGGGAUAGCUCUCUGCACAACUCUCCACUUCUGAAUCGAGUAUCAAAUUAUGGUGAUCAAAUUUAUAUGACAUUAUCAGCUUAUAUGGAAAUAGAGGGCAGUUCCCAGCCUGCCGUCAUUACUAAAGAUAUUUGUAUUCUCAUGUAUGCUAGAGACUCGAAGAUAUCCGCGGCCAGCAGAUUCUGUCGAUCUCUUAUUGGCGGUAUUUCUAAGUCACCUGAAAUGAAUAGAGUGCCGGGAGUGUAUCAAAUAUGCUUGAAAGAUGCUACUGAUACCAGUAGUCCCGGUUCCAUUAGGAGACAACGAAGAGUACUUGAUACAUCCUCUGCUUAUGUUCGCGGAGAAGAGAAUUUGGGACACUGGAGGCCAAGAGGAGACUCUCUUAUCUUUGAACACCAAUGGGAGCUCGAAAAACUCACAAGACUGCAACAAGUGGAACGUGUACGAUUGUUCUUACGUCUCCGCGAUCGUCUGAAAGGAAAGAAGAAUACUGGGGAACUGAGGACUCCUGUGUCGCCUUGUGAGCCCAAGAAUGCUAUCCCUUCGAUCAUCAAGUUUGACGAAAAAGAGAAAGGUGUUGUCAGCAAAGUUUUGACACUCAUUAAGCAGAGAAUACCAAUGAACAAAGACCCUCCCACUGGUAACAAGGCUCAAGAUUUGAGUGACGAGAGCGGUUCCAAUAGCAUUACGUCUCCGAUAUCAGACAAAUCUCUCAUGAAGUCUUCCACAUCUUUCGAUCAAUUGAGUCGUCAAAAGUCUAAAUCGGACCAGAACCUACACAGCAAUGAUGAGAUUCUCGAUUCUAUAGCUAUGAAACGAAGUCUUAGUGGUAGUCGUCUUAAUCAAUUGCAAUUGAUCGCUCCUGACGUGAGCGAGGAACGUGUAGGAGUUGUUGUAUCUAAGAAAGGAUACAUGAACUUCCUCGAAGAAAAAACGCAAGGCUGGGUCAGACGGUGGGUUGUUGUGCGCCGGCCGUACAUACUACUGUUCCGCGACGAUAAGGACCUUGUAAUACGUGGAAUAAUAAAUCUUGCCAAUGCACGGGUAGAAUAUUCGGAAGAUCAGCAAGCGAUGCUGAAAGUACCUAACACCUUUUCCGUUUGCACGAAUCAUAGAGGAUUUCUUAUGCAGAUAAUGCCGGGUGAUGAGAUGUACGAUUGGUUAUAUGCUAUCAACCCAUUACUGGCGGGACAAAUGAAAAUAAAAUCAGUUCACACGAAUGGCACAACAGUGGUAACGUCCCCUCCCAAGUAA